AUGAGCGAGCAGCCCAAGGAGGAGGCUGCCGAGGCGCCUCCCGCGGCGGAGACGGCCGCGCAGCAGCCCCAGGCGGAGGAGAAGCUCUCGGUGGACGCGGCGGUCGCGGAGGCGGAGGCGCAGAAGGCCGCGACCAAGCGCAAGGCCAGCGACGACGCGGCCGCCUCCACGCCGCGCAAGCGCCGCACGCCGAGCCCGCGCGGGGCCAAGAGCGACAAACAGCCGGCGGAGGGCGAGGACACGGAGUCGGAGCCCGAGAAGCAGCCCAAGAAGCGCGCCAAGACGGCGGCCAAGGGCGCCAAGAAGGGCGCCGGCCGCAGGAAGAAGGCGGCGCCGGAGCCCGCGCCCGACUCGGACGACGGGCAGCGCGAGGUGGAGCGCAAGGUGGAGGCCUUGAGUGACGACAUCAAGGGCAGGUUCGGCCAGGUGGUGUGGGCCAAGAUGGGCGGCUACCCGUACUGGCCGUGCAUCAUCACGGACCCGCGCCUGCUGCCCAAGAAGCUGCAGGACACGGCCGUCAAGGCGCUAGAGACCAAGUUCCUCGUCUUCUUCUUCGUGUCCAACAACUUUGCUCCCGUGUUGUUCAAGAUGAUUGAGCCGUGGGACGACACCAAGUUCAACUACCGCGCGGGCCACCCGGAGAAGGACUCGAAGGCGCCCAAGCGACGAGUGAAGCUCAUGGAGGCGAUCGAAGUGGCGGAUAAAGAAAUCAAGUUGCCGAUUGAAGAGCGGGCGGACGGCCUGCUGAAGCCGGUAGAAAAUGUGGAGGAGGAGUCCGCGGAUGAAGCCCCUGCACCUGCGAAGCGAAAGCCUGGCAGACCUCCGAAGGGCAAAGCUGCUGCCAAGCCUGCCCCGAAGAAGACGCCCAAGAAGCGGCAAACAAAGGAGGAAAGCGCAGAGGAAGCGGCAGAUGAUAAGGAUGGAAAGGAGGCCGCGGUUGUAACUACACAGGAAGAAGAAGAGGAAGCUGCCGGCCCGACGCUGAGCAAGGAGGAGAUUAAGGCAAAGGUAGCGAGCCGCAAAACGCCCAAGAAGAAAGGAGCAGAUGACAGCGCCAACGCCGCGGGAACAGCCGCCAAAAAGGCACCCAAGGCUACUGUAAAGCACACGAAGUCGAAUGGUGCUGUUGAGAUCGAUAGCAAGCGCAAGAAGGAGAUUGAACUGGUAGUUCCGCACAAGACCGUGAAGUCUGCAGAUAUUCGUGAAAUGACGGAGGAGGCAGCCAAGAAAAAACUGAAUGGCCCCAAACCGAAGACGAAGAAGGACAAGGGAGAUUACAAAGUGGGCGAUCUUGGAACGUUUGCGAGAAAAAUGGCACGGCUACACGCGAAGGAGUCGACGCGGAAUAAUGACGAGCUGGUUGCGAUGAUGCAGGAGCUGUUUAAGGAAACGCUCAUGUAUCGUUCGGACGUGGAGCGGUCAGGAUUGGCUGCCAUAAUUGCGACGUUGCGCAAGAGCUUGAGCCCAACGGUUGGCCAAGCAGCGAGUGCACUCCGAAAGCACAUGAUCAAGAUAUUGAACAACGACACAGAAAUUUCCAAUUUGGGCAAGAAAUCGCAUGACGACGCUGCUGCGCACGGAACGAAGAAGCGGAAGGCUGAAAACGGAAGCUCGGUGAAAGCGGAGGAGCAUCAGAAAAGCCCUACGAAUGAGCCGACAUCUGCACCCGCAGUCAACGGCGACGCAAAGGAGAACUCUGAAGCAAAGAAGGUGGUGACCAAAGAGGAGAACGUGGCGACCAAGGAAGGGAAGAGAUCUAGCAAGCCGGCUGAAGAUGUGUCUGUGAAGAACCCGCCGGUGAAGACGGAGGAUACUGCAGCGACAGCCGCUCCGAUGAAGAAGGUGGAAAGAUCUGCUGACGGUGCGGUAAAGGACAAGGAGGACAUUUUCGAAGCGCCGGAGAACGUGGACAAGAACCGAAAUAUUUUUGCAGAGAUGCUCAGCGAAAUCUUGGACCACGAAGGAUCAAAGCGUCGCGACUUGGCGCAGGAGAUUGAGGCCGCUUUGUUCGAGCGCUUCAAGGAGAGCAACGACGACUACUUGACGCAAGCGCGGAUCAUUAUCUUCGGCCUGAAGGAGAACGCACCCAUGCGGGAGCGACUCUUCUCUGGUGCCUUGCAUUGCCUGGAGUUCGCAUAUGCUGACGAUGCGGUACGUCCACUUGCUUGCAAGCUGCAAGCGCCGAUCGUUGUGUUCGAAACGCUGACGUUGAUGCUGUUGUUACUCGUGUCAUUGUGCAGUUCUUCAAGGCGGACUAGUAGGCCAUCGUCAUACAAGUACAAAAACAAGAGCUGUAGGAACUUACUCAUUGUUCGUCUUCUGGCGUUAUCAGCCGACACUAGCGUUCGGAGAGCAGACAAAUAG